GACACCACCACAAGACGACGCGCUCGUCGCGCAACCCCAACGACGCACCAACCGUCCCGUCCCGUCCCAGAUCCUCCAUUCCCCGGCCCGGCGCCUCGCCACCGACCGCCAUGCCCGCCACGGACACCGACGAGCGCCCCCUCGUCGAGCUCGCCGCCUCCGCCACUACCCCAACCGCCACCCCCACUGCCUCCGCCUCCGCUCCCGCCCCCUUCUUCCCGCCCCCCGCGGCCCCGGGGUUCUCCCGCGCGGUCCGCUGCAACGCGCCGUCCUCGUUCCCGGCCGACGGGGGCGGAUUCGGGGGCGCGGGGCAGCAGCAGCAUGCGGCGGCGUACCCGGGGAACGCGAUCUCGACCACCAAGUACACCGCGGCGAGCUUCGUGCCCAAGUCGCUCUUCGAGCAGUUCCGCCGCGCCGCCAACUGCUUCUUCCUCGUCGUCGCCUGCGUCUCCUUCAGCCCGCUCGCGCCCUACCGCGCCGUCUCCGUCCUGCUCCCGCUCCUCGUCGUCGUCAGCGCAGCCAUGGCCAAGGAGGCCGUCGAGGACUGGAGGCGGAAGCAGCAGGACAUAGAAGUGAACAAUAGGAAGGUUGAGGUGUAUGAUGGGACCCAGUCAUUUCAUGAGACAGAAUGGAAGAAGCUUCGAGUUGGUGAUAUAGUUAAAGUUAAAAAGGAUGAGUUCUUCCCUGCAGAUCUUCUUUUUCUCUCAUCUAGCUACGACGAUGGAAUAUGCUAUGUUGAGACAAUGAAUCUUGAUGGAGAGACAAACUUGAAGCGAAAACAGGCGCUAGAUGUGACUAUGGGCUUGAAUGAUGAGCAGUUUUUCCAUAGCUUCAAAGCUUUCAUUCGAUGCGAGGAUCCAAAUGAGAAACUGUAUUCUUUCUUAGGGACGUUGUACUACAAUGAACAACAAUAUCCUCUGUCUCCACAACAGAUCCUUCUAAGGGACUCAAAACUUCGCAAUACAAGCUAUAUAUAUGGCACUGUAAUAUUCACAGGGCAUGAUACAAAGGUGAUGCAAAAUGCAAUGGAGCCACCAUCAAAGAGAAGCUCAGUUGAACGAAGAAUGGAUAAAAUAAUAUAUCUGCUUUUUGCUAUUCUCUUUGCUAUUGCAACGUUCGGGUCAAUUGUGUUUGGGAUGAAAACAAAGCAUGAGAUAAGUCCAGGAAACUAUGCAUGGUACCUCAGACCAGAUCAAGCAAAUAUAUUCUUUGAUCCAAACAGAGCAUCAUUUGCAGCCUUUUGCCAUUUUCUCACAAGCCUUAUGCUGUAUGUGACCUUGGUGCCUAUUUCAUUGUAUAUAUCGAUAGAAAUUGUCAAGGUGUUACAGAGCACAUUCAUAAAUCAAGACCAGAAUAUGUAUUGUGCAGAGUCUGAUAAACCUGCAAGAGCUCGCACUUCCAAUUUGAAUGAAGAACUUGGUCAAGUUCAUACUAUUUUGUCUGACAAAACAGGAACAUUAACAUGCAACUCGAUGGAGUUCUUGAAAUGUUCUAUUGCUGGGGUUGCUUAUGGGAAUAGUCCUACAGAAAUGGAGACGUCUUAUGGAGAAAUAGCUGAAACUACUGCCAAUUAUGGGCACAAGAACACUACUGAAUUCAAGAGAUUAGUCAAGGGAUUCAACUUCACUGAUGGCCGUUUGAUGAAUGGAAGAUGGGCCAAAGAAUGUUCUAGGGAUUCUAUAGAGAUGUUUUUCCGAGUAUUAGCUGUUUGUCAUACUGCAAUUCCUGUGGCAGAUAGAAAUUCUGCUGGUAUGCCUUAUGAAGCAGAGUCACCUGAUGAAGGAGCUCUUGUUACAGCUGCUAGAGAGUUUGGUUUUGAAUUUUAUCACAGGACACAGACAACCAUAUCAGUGCAUGAAUAUGAUCCUGUCUUUGGUGGAAAGGUGGAUAGAACCUAUAAACUACUCAACAUCUUAGAGUUCAGCAGUGCUCGUAAGCGUAUGUCUGUUAUUGUGAGGACAGAAGUGGGUCGGUUAUUCCUGUUCUGCAAAGGAGCUGACAGUGUAAUAUUCGAAAGGCUCUCCAAAGAUAAUGGAAAAGCUUGUCUGAGCAAAACGAAGUGUCACAUCAAUGAGUAUUCUGAGGCAGGUCUCCGGACCCUAGUACUUGCAUACCGUGAACUUACUGAGGAGCAAUAUGUUCUAUGGAAUCAGAAGUACUCAGCUGCCAAGAAUUCUGUACAUACCGAUCAUGAUGAAGCUGUGGAGAAGGCAUCAGAAGAUAUCGAGAAGGAUUUGGUUCUCUUAGGUGCUACUGCAGUGGAGGACAGAUUGCAAAGUGGGGUUCCUGAGUGUAUUCACAAACUUGCACAAGCUGGAAUUAAGAUCUGGAUUUUAACUGGAGACAAGCUGGAGACAGCUGUCAACAUAGGUUACUCAUGUAACUUAUUGAGGAAAGAGAUGGAGGAAAUUUUUAUCACGCUGGAUAACUCAAGUACAAGUGCUUCAGAGGGAUGUAGUGGAGAAGGAAACAGAAUGGCCCCAUAUGAAGAAAUUGAUAGAAAAUUACUAGAUGCUAGAACAAAGGUUUUCAUGAGAGGAACCUCAACUUUAUUUGCUCUUAUUAUUGACGGCAAUGCUCUGACACAUGCUCUCACGAGCAGCCUCAAGAACUCAUUUCUGGAUCUAGCAGUCAACUGUGCAUCUGUGUUAUGUUGUCGGAUUUCUCCAAAACAGAAAGCACUGGUCACCAGGUUGGUUAAAAUUAGGACAGGUAAAACUACUCUAGCUAUUGGAGAUGGAGCAAAUGAUGUCGGUAUGCUACAAGAGGCUGACAUUGGGGUUGGAAUAAGUGGCGCUGAAGGAAUGCAGGCUGUGAUGGCAAGUGACUUUGCAAUAGCUCAGUUUCGUUUCUUAGAGCGGUUACUUCUUGUGCAUGGUCAUUGGUGUUAUCGUCGGAUUGCAGCUAUGAUAUGCUAUUUUUUCUUCAAGAACAUCACAUUCGGCAUUACACUUUUCUGGUUCGAGGCCCAUGCUAUGUUCUCAGCCCAACCUGCGUACAAUGACUGGUUCAUUUCUUUCUAUAAUGUUGCCUUCACAUCUCUCCCUGUCAUUGCCCUUGGUGUUUUUGACAAGGAUGUCUCUUCCCGUGUUUGUCUUGAGGUCCCUUCAUUACAUCAAGAUGGCGUGAAUAAUGUAUUCUUUAGUUGGUCCCGAAUACUCAGCUGGAUGUUAAAUGGGCUGUGCUGUUCAAUAAUCAUAUACUUUGGUUCCCUCAAUGCCAUCCUGAUUCAGGCUGUCCGGCAGGAUGGUCGUGUUGCUGGGUUUGACAUCCUAGGAGUGACCAUGUACACUUGCGUAGUGUGGACUGUGAACUGCCAGCUGGCUCUCUACAUCAGCUAUUUCACCUGGAUACAACAUUUUGUUAUCUGGGGCAGUAUACUAAUCUGGUACGCGUUUCUAGUCAUCUAUGGACUAUUUCCCCCGGCAAUAUCAACCACUGCAUAUCAUGUUUUCUUGGAAGCUUGUGCGUCGAGCCCUUUGUACUGGUUAUCAACCCUAAUGAUUGUGGUCACAGCCUUGAUCCCAUUCUUCGUCUACAAAAUAUCGAGGACACUGUAUUACCCACAGUACCACGAUAAAGUUCAGAGAACUAACUCAAAGAAUUGGUGAUGCCAGUCGUAUAAGAAGCUACUGAAUGAAUAUAUGUACAGUCAGUAUUCUAUUUAACGUGCAGUGUGCUUAACUUUCUAGAUCAUGAUGUCAGCGGCAGUGUAUAUAAGCAGAGGUGUUGUUUAUUAGGUUCUGUACAUACUUGGGCUUAUGCCCACAAAUUUGUAGAUUCAGGUCAGCAGUGCAUCUGCCAAACAUCAGAAUGGAAGUGGUGGCUCUUUGCUCGGUUGGAUGGAACUUGAAUCAACAAAUUGAUCUUAGGAUCAUGUUAAAGGUCUACAACACUACACCCUCUAGGAGCCUGGGGUUGCCCAGGAAUUGAUGUAGAAAUGCUAAAACGACAAUUUGGGACGGAGGAAGUAGUAUGGUUCCUGUGCUAACAAGUUCAUAUGAUAUCCUACAAUGUCUUUCUGAUUUGUAUCUACUUAGGCAUGCCCAGUUCAAAGUCAUUUUCUUUGGAUAAUGCCUAACGUCAUCCCGUGUUUUAGUUUUGUAAAUUUAGAAAUUUGGGCCUGUUUGGAUAAUUUAUAAAUUUGGGUCCAAGAAUUGCACUGAAUUGGAAUGUGAUUCUUGGGCCGGCCUGUGUUGGUUGCA